AUGUCAUCGUCUACAAGAGCUAAUGCUACCAGACCAAAUAAUGCAAGGAAGCGUGUUCCCAAAGCUUGUGUAAGGUGUCGAGAUCAGAAGAUUAGAUGUUCUGGAUCGCAGCCAUGUCAGCAGUGUGAUAAGAGGGGGUCAGUGUGUCAAUUCGAUGAUGAAUCACGUAAAGUUGUCGUUUCGAGAGGGUAUAUCAACCGUCUCCAAGAGAGGUUGGCGGCCUUGGAGAGCAAGUCAGAAGAACGCUCCCUCAUUGAAGCUACGACUGGCCGGUCGAGGAGCACCGAUCUGAGCGGUCGUAUACCACUUUCCACCGAGAACAACGAGAUCCCAGAACAAGCAAUCAAGACUUCAGCGUCAAUAUCACCAUACGGAACCGGUGAGGCACAAGAUCAACGACAGCUCAAUGGUGAAGGCAAAGCUCCCCUCACGAAUCCUUUAGCCUUCCACACUUAUGACUUUGUUCCAAGCGUCACAGGGCACAUCCGUAAGUCCAUACUCACUUGCCCAAAGAGCCGGUAUCUCGAAUUGAGUAUUGACUUAUCGUCAGUUUUCAUGGGAACAUCAUCAAAUUGGUCCUUCAACAAGCGAGUCUUGACCAUGACACACGAACGUGUCAAGGGCCGUCCAUUAUCAAUGCACAACUUGCACUUCGCCGGCACUGAGGGAAAGGUCUUUGAUCUGAAAUGGGACGGGACUAGAAAGUUUACAUCGCAGGAUGUUCCCGACACAUCUGCGCUGCCAACUAAAGACUUUGCUUUAUAUCUCAUCAACUCGGUCAAGUUCCACUGCGGUUGGCUUUACAGCCUAUUCGACGAGGACAUCUUCAUGGAACGCUUCCGUCGGUUCCAUGAGAACCCUACGGAAUAUGCGCGUGCAGAACCUUUGUGGUUCGUUCACUACCUUCUUGUCCUGGCUUUUGGGAAGGCCUUCGUGGUUCAGUCAACCAAGUCAAGACGACCUCCUGGUGGUGACUUCUUCAUACAAGCCAUGAAGCUCAUGCCCGACUUCAACUUCUUUGAUUGUGAUAUAAUAGAGGAGAUGCAGGUUCUUUGCUGCGCUGCUCUAUAUCUUCAAUCUGUGGAUCACAUACAACAGGCAUAUCGUCUGGUUUGCUCCGCACUUCGUCAUGGUCUAGAACACGGUAUACACACUGAGAUGCAAUCUGAUUCUCUUGACGCAGCUUACGUACAGAGAAGCCGACACAUGUUCUGGACACUCUAUAUCCUCGAACGCCAGCUGAUUUCGCUUCUGGGACUUCCGUUGAGUAUAGCCGACGAGACGAUAAGCGCACGCUUUCCCGACUUUCCAGGCCAGCCGCAAAAGUUAGAGGCACUGAAUAUACAUGUUGACUUCUGCAGGGUUCUUGCAAAGAUAAAUCAGACUGUUUAUGGCCUUGAAGGAAAGCUCGACAGUCGAUACCUCGGUGCUACCCAGUCCGUUCUCAAGAGUAUCGCUACCGUGACAGAAAGAUUGAACAAGUCUUUUGAGAUUCAGGCAAGUGAGGGGAUGGCUGGAAUAUCACGAAUAUCAGCACAUCUCCAUUUGAUGCAACACCAAUGCAUCAUUCUCACUACAAGGCCACUUCUAUACACGUUCCUGCUUUCCAGGCUUGGUCACUUGGAGGUAGCUUUGAUGCAUUGGCUACAAUCAGAGAGUGUGAAAGGGCUAGUCCAAAUGUGCACCGAGUCUGCUCAGCAGAUUUUGAGGAUCCUCUCCAGUCUUUCUGAGCAAGGGCUCUUAGAAACAUUCCUGAGAUUCGAUCAGGACGCCGCUUUUACCGCUACAAUUGCACUGCUCAUGGCCGCUGCGAUUGACUCAUCGCUACUACCAGACCACACUCCCUGGACGCAACGCGCCUACGGUCUCUUCGACGAGAUGAACUCGAGAGGCAAUCUCGUAGCUAACAUGGUUGCAGCUGAACUGAAGCAGCUGGAAGACUUACUCAAAGGCUUCCUCGCCAGCAAUGACUCGAGACCUGUGGUUGCGACACAGGGUCCAAACACGCCUCGGCAGGGCUUUAUGAAUGACAUAGACAGUGACACAGGCUCUGUCACCGAUUAUGCCGAGCCGUUUAGUAUCGAGCCGGAUGAUGACUUUGGAUUAGGGCUAAACUAUGAACUUAGUGCGGAACAGCUGUUGAACAUUGCUAAUUCGCUGGAUAUCGAUAGCUUAACAUGGCCGUGGCCGGAGGAUCCUAUGGCUGAAGAUGUGGACGAUGUAUGA